CCUCUCUCUCUCUCUCCAUAUUAUCCACAUCUCUCUCCCUCCUCUUAAAACCACCAGAUUUUCCAAAUUUUAGAGAGAGAAAAAUCAGAUAUGAUUUAGAGAGAGAGUGUGCGCGUUCAAUCCCACUUUGCAAAACAUAUAUGGCUUUUUAGUUAAUUUUUCCUUCUUUUCUUUUCUUUAUGCUCUCCGUAAGCUCAGAAAUGGCUCUUCCCCAGCUCAUUCCCUCCCCUUCCUCUUCUUCUCUAACCCACAAUUACAAACGCGGCUUAAACCCCAAUACCAUUGUCUCUCCCUUAAACCCCUACCCUAACAAGUUCAUAUCUUCGCUUCAACACCACCACUUCCUCCUCCGCCGCCGCCACAAACCCAAUACUCUACGCUGCUCCGCCUCUUCCUUCUCCGAGAGGAACCAUACCGGCUCACCCAAGUCAGACGACGUCGUUGAGCUCCCACUCUUUCCUUUGCCUCUGGUGCUCUUCCCCGGCGCCAUACUCCCUCUGCAGAUCUUCGAGUUCCGGUACCGCAUGAUGAUGCACACUCUGCUCCAGACCGAUCUCCGCUUUGGCGUCAUAUACUCCGAUUCCGUUUCCGGCACCGCCGAUGUCGGCUGCGUCGGAGAGGUCGUGAAGCACGAGCGACUCGUCGACGACCGAUUCUUCCUUAUCUGCAAGGGGCAAGAGCGAUUCCGAGUCACCAACCUCGUCCGUACGAAACCUUACCUCGUCGCGGAGGUGACGUGGCUGGAGGACCGGCCGUCGAGCGAUGGGGAAGAGGAUCUGGAGGCUUUGGCGAACGAGGUCGAGUCGUAUAUGAAGGAUGUGAUUCGGUUAUCGAAUCGGUUGGGUGGGAAGCCCGAGAAAGAGGUUCAGGAUUUGAGGAGGAACCUAUUUCCGACGCCGUUUUCGUUCUUCGUUGGGAGCACAUUCGAAGGAGCGCCGAGAGAGCAGCAAGCUUUGCUUGAAUUGGAGGAAACGGCGACAAGAUUGAAGAGAGAGAAGGAAACGUUGAGAAACACGCUUAAUUACUUAACGGCGGCUUCGGCCGUUAAGGACGUGUUCCCAACUUCGUGAUUGGAAGGUUCAAUCCGGGUUUGGAGGAAUUUUUAGAUUACUUCGAUAUAAAAGAAAUAUAACAAGCAUGUGGCAAAGCAAAGAAGAGCAAUGGUUGAGAACAAGGAAAACUACAAUGCGAUGUUGUCGGAAGAUAAAGGACUAGCAUAAAUUGAUAUAUAUAAGUUCAAUGCAACUACCUUCGCAGGUGCCUUUGAGGUAAUUCCAUAUUUGCUGCCAAGGACAAACCAUUGCCAAAGGUUGGACAAAGAUGACCAUCACAUUUCAUAAAUUUAUUAAAUAGAAAUAUUCCAUAAUCAACUCAGUUCUGGUAUUUUACUUAUAUAGCAUCUUCUUAUUGUGAAAUGUCUUGUAAAUAAUUCAUCUUUCCGAAAAGAUGUUGUCUUGCUCC